AUGGGGGUGCAUUCUCAAAACCAGUGUGCCACUAUUAAGUGGCAAGCUCCUCCUAACUCUUUUGUUAAAAUUAACUUUGAUGGAUCAGUCACAAGUAACUCAGCUGCUUGUGGCUUUAUAAUUAGAGACGCCAAUGGAAGACCAAUCUCUGCUGCCUCCAAUCCCAUUGGUAGAGCUUCAGUUCCAAUUGCUGAAGCCGUGGCUUUGAGAGACGGCUUACUCAAAGCAAAGGAGAAGGGUUUCACUAAUGUUGAAGUUGAAGGAGAUUCAAAGUUGGUGAUAGAUGCAGUGAAUGGCCGCUUUGAACCACCUUGGAGAUUGAUCAAACUAGUGGAAGACAUCAAAACUUUAGCUACUAGUUUUGAUUCUAUUACUUUUAGGCAUGUGCUAAGGGAAGCUAACUUUGUAGCCGAUGCUAUAGCUAAUCUUGGGCAUGCUUGUAAUUCUCCUAUGUAUUUGAAUGAUAGGGUUCCUAGUGAGGUUUCGAAAGCCUUACUAUUUGAUAUUGUAAACGUUGGUUGCCCUGGAGGCUUCUUAAUGUAA